GCCGUACUACAGGCUGAAUUUGUUAAUUUACCAGUGGAUUGCAUCAGUUCAGUUCUUCUGUUAGUAACCGAUUAGCUGGCUUCGUUUUUCGUCUGUAAUACUUGUAAAUCCCUGUUCAACCCCACACGUUGGUAUUUUACGAUUGUUUUUUUUUUUUAAAUAUGCUGCAUUUCAGAGGAAUUGCUUGUGCCAAAACCCUUAUAAAUACUGCCUGCCAUGUGCGAAACUUUAGGUUGUCAGUGCCAGUUCUCAACAGUGUUAACCUAAAAGGUCGUGACCUACUGACUUUGAGAGAUUUAAAUUCUGAUGAAAUAAAGCAAUUGUUGUGGACUGCAGCAGACCUGAAACACAGAAUAAAAGAGAAUGCAGAGGUCCUGUCUUUGUUGAAAGGAAAAUCUCUGGCUAUGAUUUUUCAAAAAAGGAGCACUAGAACAAGAUUAUCUACAGAAACAGGUUUUGCUCUGCUUGGUGGACAUCCUUGUUUCCUUUCUCCAGAAGACAUUCACCUUGGUGUUAAUGAAAGCAUCAAAGAUACAGCACGUGUUUUGUCAAGUAUGACAGAUGUGAUCCUUGCUCGUGUCUACAGCCAGUCUGACUUAGAUCAGUUAGCCAAGGAUGCGUCAGUUCCAGUGAUCAGUGGGUUGUCGGAUAUGUACCAUCCUAUUCAGAUUUUGGCUGACUACCUUACACUUCAGGAACACUUUGGGAAGCUGCGUGGCCUUACAUUGUCCUGGAUUGGUGAUGGAAAUAAUGUCCUACAUUCCUUUAUGAUGAGUGCUGCAAAGUUGGGAAUGCAUCUGAGGAUUGCAACUCCAAAGGGAUAUGAACCUGAUGCCAGUGUGAUGAAAUUGGCACAUCAAUAUUCCAAAGAGUUUGAGACUAAACUGGUUUUAUCAGAUGACCCCAUGGAAGCUGCAAAGGGCGCCAAUGUUUUAAUUACAGACACAUGGGUGAGCAUGGGGCAAGAAGAAGAGAAAAAAGAAAGACUGAAGGCUUUCAGUGGUUACCAAAUCACAAUGCAGACUGGAAAAGUAGCUGCUCCUGACUGGGUCUUUCUGCACUGCCUACCUAGAAAACAAGAAGAGGUAGAUGAUGAGGUCUUUUACUCAGAUCAUUCCCUAGUUUUUCCAGAGGCUGAAAACAGAAAGUGGACCAUUAUGGCAGCCAUGGUUUCGGUAUUAACAGAGUACUCACCACUGCUUAAGAAACCCACUUUUUAAAAUUGUUAAAUUAGCUGGGUCAUUACUCUUUAUGUUACAGUAGAAUUCUAAAGUACAGUUUAUUGUAAAUCUUAUGUAAAUUCCUUGAAAAUACAGCAGAAAUUCUAAAUAAAAUUUUUAUAUACAGAA